AUGUAUGAAGAUGAUAACAUUAUUUCCACUCCUAAGCGUUGUGCAUUAAGUGAAGUUACAAAUGCUAGUAGUUACGUAUCUCCGACUGCUAAUCUCAAGUUAUUAACUAAUGUUGCUCUGCAAUAUCCCACGCCGCCUCCAAGUACGGUACACCGAAAAGAAAAAUCCUUGCAAAUAUUAUGUGAUAAAUUUCUUAAUCUGUAUCCUUUACAAGGUAAUGGAACAGUAGAAAUACAAUUGGACAGCACUGCAGCUCGAUUAGGUGUUGAAAAACGAAGAAUGUAUGAUAUAAUAAAUAUUUUAGAAGCCAUGCAGUGUGCAGUUCAUAAGAGGAAAAAUACCUAUUUAUGGCAUGGUGGCUCAAGGUUAAACUCAUUUUUGAAAAUGUUAAAAAAACAAGGUGAAAAUCUAAGAUUAUCAGAGGCUCUUAAAGGAAAAGCUCCUAAACCACCAGCACCAAAACAUAAAACACUGGGUGUUUUGGCACAAAGAUUUCUGAUGCUAUUCUUAGUGGAACCACCUAACACUUUAAUAAAUUUAGAAAUGGCUGUAAGUGUACUUAUAGACACAUCAAACAAAAACAAAUGUAUUCUUUCGCCUGAACAACUGGACAGGCAACACAAAUCAAAAGUAAGGAGAUUGUAUGACAUUGCAAAUGUAUUUAUUUCAAUAGGUCUUAUCGAAAAAGUAUCAGACACUCCACAGCAAAUGACACCAUGUCAUGUGUUUGCUGGUAAGUCAAAACGAAAGUUGGAGUUCACAACACCAAGCACUUGUACUGAAAAGCUUGGCGUAACUACUCCACCUCAUACUCCAUCACACAAAUGGGAUGAAAUCCUGCAUGUAGCUGAUAUGGAACUUAAUAGAAUUAAUAAUGGAGUUACAGUG